AUGGGUAUUGAUAACAAGAUCAACCCAUCAACUCAGAAGUACUGUUUCUCCGUCGAUGCCACCACCGUAGACUCGUCAAAGCAGUUCAACAUUCCAGCCGGAUUCACUCCAGCUGUUGUCGGUCCCAAGUACACCAUCCGUGGAUACUCGUGGGUUGAUGCCAACAAGGAUGGAGUUUCCAACACUGGCGAGGCAUGGUUGGGAGGCAUGAGUGGUGUCCUCAUGGACGAGAAUGGAAAUACCCUCCAGACUUUCACCACCGACGCUGCCAAGAGAUACGAUGGCUUCAGAUAUGAGAACCUCAACCCAGGCAAGUACUGCCUCAAGAUCUCCGACCCCAAUGGUGGAUACAAGACUGGACCAAUUGGCACCGACAACAAGUUCAACUCCUCAUCAAUCUACUGCUUCACAUUGGACGCCACAACCGUCGACUCAAAGAAUGAACUGAACAUCGCCGCAGGAUUCGUACCAGUUGGAACUGAGCCAGUGUACACCAUCCGUGGAUACUCAUGGAUCGACUCCAACAAGAAUGGCAAGUCAGAGGCUGGUGAGCCAUGGUUGGGCGAAAUGGCUGGCAAACUCACAGACAUUGAUGGCAAGGAGAUUGGCACAUUCACCACCGAAACCUCCAAGAAGUAUGAUGGCUUCCGCUUCGACAACCUCAAGCAAGGUGGCUACUGUGUCCAAAUCACUGAUCCAAAGAAGGCCUACGACAAUGGACCCAUGGGAGAUGACAACAAGCUAAACCCAUCAACUGGAAAGUACUGCUUCUCUGUCGACUCCACCACUGUUGACUCGUCCAAGAUAUUCAACAUUCCCGCCGGAUUCACUCCAGCUGUUGUCGGCCCCAAGUACACCAUCCGUGGAUACUCGUGGGUUGAUGCCAACAAGGAUGGAGUUUCCAACACUGGCGAGGCCUGGCUAGGUGGUAUGAAGGGUGUGCUCAUGGAUGGUGCUGGAACUCCACUCCAGACUUUCACCACCGAUGCCGCCAAGAGAUACGAUGGCUUCAGAUUUGAUAACCUCGCACCAGGCAAGUACUGUCUCAAGAUCACUGACCCCAACGGAGCAUACAAGACUGGACCAAUUGGCACCGACAACAAGUUCAACUCCUCAUCCAUCAACUGUUUUACCUUGGAUGCCACCACCGUCGACUCGAGCAAUAUUCUGAAUGUUGCCGCUGGUUUCGAACCAAUUGGACCAGAGCCAGUAUACACCAUCCGUGGAUACUCAUGGAUCGACUCCAACAAGAAUGGCAAGUCUGAGGCUGGAGAGCCAUGGUUGGGCGGAAUGACUGGCACAUUGACCGACAUUGAUGGCAAGGAGAUUGGCACCUUCACCACUGACGCCGCCAAGAAGUAUGAUGGCUUCCGCUUCGACAACAUGAAGCAAGGUGGCUAUUGUGUCACGAUCAGUGAUCCAACCAAUGUUAAUGUCAAUGGACCGAUGGGAGACGACAACAAGAUCGAUCCAAACACCAAGAAGUACUGCUUCUCCGUCGAUGCUACCACCGUUGACUCAUCCAAACAGUUCAACAUUGCCGCCGGAUUCAUUCCAGCUCCACCACCUCCUCCCAAGUACACAAUCCGUGGUUACUCGUGGAUUGAUGCCAACAAGGAUGGUGUUUCCAACGUUGUCGAGGAUUGGUUGGGAGGUAUGACAGGUACCUUGACCCAAAAGGCCGAUGGCAAGGAGAUUGGCACAUUCACCACUGAUGCCGCCAAGAAGUAUGAUGGCUUCCGCUUCGACAACGUCCAAGAAGGUUCCUACUGCAUCAAGAUCACCGACCCCACCAAGGUCUACGACAAUGGUCCCAUGGGCACUGACAACAAGUUUGACCCAACUACCGGUACCCGCUGCUUCGAUGUCAACGCAACCACUGCCGAUUCAUCCAAGAUCGUCAACAUCCUGGCCGGAUUCGUCAAGGUACCCGUGUUCACCGUCCGCGGAGGUUCAUGGUCAGACACCAACAAGGAUGGUGUCGCCAACGGUGCUGAGCCAUGGAUUUCAGGAAUGACUGGCUCGCUAACUGAUAGCAAGAACCAGGUGGUCGGAACAUUCACCACUGAUUUGGCCAAGAAGUACGACGGCUACAGAUUCGACAACUUGCGCGCUGGAGAUUAUUGUCUCACGAUGAUUGAUCCAACCAAUUCAUACACUCGCUCACCUACGGCCAACGACAACAUGUUCGACGCGAAUGGCAAGUACUGUUUCAAGUUGGACAACACAACCGCCGACUCCAGCAGCAUCCUACAAAUCCUUGGUGGUUUCGUUCCCAUCACCAAGUACACAGUCUAUGGAUACUCAUGGAUUGACGCAAACAAGGAUGGAUAUGCUAAUGCAGCUGAGGAUUGGUUGGGCGGCGUAGUUGGUCAAGUGGCUGAUAGUAAGGGCAAUCCAGUCAAACAGUUUACAACUGAUGCCGCAUUGAAAUACAAUGGAUACACUGUUGACAACCUUGUGGAAGGAAACUACUGUAUCACCGUCAGCUAUCCAGGUGGCAACUAUAUCGUUGGUCCAAUUGGAACAACAAACAAGUUCGAUCCGGCCACCUCGAAGUACUGCUUCGACGUCAAUGACACCACUACCGACUCAUCCAAGAAAAUCUCAGUUCCAAUUGGCAUGGUACCAAAGUAG